AUGGAUGAUUUGGAAGAACAAACUGCUGCAGCGCAAGUGCUUCAAGUUUUAAGAUUUGCCAAUGUUCCUGGUGAUUCUAGCUCUGAAUCUUUGGAUUCAUCAGACUCAUCUUCACCAUCACGUACACAUAUUGUUGAUAAGCUUGCCGAGAAUUCAUCGAUCGUUACCAUAGAUAACAAUCAAACUUCAUAUGAUCCUGGUCUAAAUCAUACAUAUUUUGAUCCAGACUGGGGAACAAUAGUUCAACUUGACACAGAUGCAACAUCAACGACUGGAACACAUGAAGGAAUUUCCAUUGAUUGGAGUGGUGUCGUUAACACGGCUUUACUUCCUAUUGCUUUUCCAAACAAAGGUGAUCCUGAAGAAAAUACAUCACCCUCGCCAAAAUCGUUAGCAAAUAAGCAUUCUAGAGAUGAUAGUAUUGGAAGUUUUAUUACUAAGGAUACUAAUGUAGAAAAAAUAGAAGCUUUGAAUGAGGCGGAAAUAUCUGCUGAUCUUCUUAUUACUGCGAUGGACGAGAAUCCUGAAUUUUUCUAUCAUUCAGCAUCCAAUGAUUACUCUGAAGUAUCUUACACAGCUGGAUCCGAUGCUUUUUUUAUUUCCGAUGAAACUGCAAAUAUUUCGACACGUUCAACAAAAGUAGAAGAUUCAAAUGAAACUAAUACGCGUCAAAUUAAGCGACGAAGAACAUCAAUUUCGGACAAAAAUUUAUGUCGAAAUUCGCAAAGUUCAAAUAUGGAUAGCAAAACUUCUCAACUUGGAUAUGCGUGUGGCAACUGCAUGAAAAUCAUGGACGAUUAG